AGGCCGGAGGAAAACCUCAAGCUUUUGGGCUACAAAAACUGACCCUUCCAAAUGCUUUGUGUUGAUUUAACUUCUUACACUUUAUAGGUCGAAGCUGGAGCCCGCGUUGGAAAAAUGUCGGAUAUACUUUGUCAGUGGCUCAACGGAGAGCUGCAACUCUCGAAACGUGUCGAAUCAAACUCGUUUACCAAAGAUUUUUCAACAGGCUACCUGAUUGGAGAGAUACUUCACAAAUAUGAGCUCCAAUCUGACUUUGAUCAGUUUUCAAUCAGCAGGAUGCCUGACUCUAAGCUUAAUAAUUUUACACGCAUAGAGCCAACAUUGCAUUUACUGGGAAUUCCAUUUGAUUUAAAUAUUGCCGAAGCGAUAAUGAAAGAGCAACGUGGAAUAGCAGCAAGGCUUCUUUAUCAACUUUUUAUUGCACUCCAAAAGAAAAAAAAAGCCGGAUUGACUGGAAUUGCGAUGGAAACUAUGCGUCCUGCAGCACCAGCAAAGCUUCAGGCUAUAGGAAGUGAAAUCUAUAAAGAGCGUCUGAAAACUAUUGUUCCUCGAGAAACGGAUCUCAAGCUUCAAGAAGUAUCAGAGAGAUUUAAGGCAAUUGGGAAAGGCAUUGAGGAAAAGGCUAUCCAGGUUCAUUAUGAAGAGAUUAAAAAAAUGAAAAAACUUCAGGAAGAAUUACGAUUACAAGACAUAGAGAAGCACCGUUUAGCCAAGAAAAAACAAGGUGAAAUUAUGGCAAGGAUACAGGCAGCAAUUGUUCAGAUACCCAAACCUCCUCCGAAUCGCACUUUGGAAGCUAUUGAAGCAAGGAAGAAACAGAAGAAGCAACUAGAAGUUCAGGAUGUAAUUGAUCAAAUUACAAACUUUGAGAACUUAAGGAAGAAGCUUUCACCAUCUAUUUGUGGAAAAGCCUCAUUGAGCGUUCUGCAAUCAUCCUUCCAGAGCGAAGGAGUAAAUGAGAAAGAAUUUAUUGUGGAGAAUCCUCAGCUGUACAAUGAAUACAUUGUGAAAAUCCGGCAACAUCUUGAGGAUGAUGCAGUUGCCCGUGACCAGCGAGAAAAGCGUCGUAGGAGAGUCCUGGUGGAACAGCUUAAAGUUCAUGAGAUUCAAGAGGAGGCAUUUCGGGAAGAGCAGCUUGUUAACCGUUUGAUGCGUCAAUCCCAGCAGGAGCGCAGAGUGGCAGUACAACUUAUGCACGUACGACAUGAGAAGGAAGUCAUCAGACAGAACCGCAUCUUCAGGGAGAAGCAGUAUGACGAGAAGCGCCUGCAAGAGUUUCAGGAAGCCUUAGACAGAGAAGCUGUUUUGGCAAAAAGGGCUCAGAUUGAAUAUAGAGAACAGCUUCAAAAAGACCUUGAACUCCACAACAGGAUAGCUGUUGAACGUGCUCAGGCACGGUACAGAAAGCAUUAUGAUUUCUGCCUGGAUCUCUUGUUUGACAUAGUUGACCUUGCUACAAAAACGGGAGAAUAUCGUGAGCUGACUAACAACUUGAUUCCUGCCAAAAUGAUGCGUGAAUGGAAGGAACUCUUUUAUAAGGGAAUACCUCUUUAUGACCAAGCAUGUGUUGAUCCGUACCCCACUGAGCCAAGCCCUGAGCAGCUCAUAGAACUUGAGAAAAUAGCCCUGCUGGACAUUCAAGAUUUCAUGGAAUAUGAGACUAUGACAGGAGAAUGGGCACCAUCUGAGGAUUGUGAAGUGCAAGAACCUCCAGCAAACAACAAAAUCCUUGGUCAUAUAAUUAACAGACUGUAUGAAAUUGCAGAUCCACCAAGGCCAGACACCCCUCCACCACAGUUCCCUGAUUUUCCCUUAAAAUGGGCUGUUCUUGGAAAAGAGUUUGCUGGCAAGACUACAUGCUUGGCACGGCUGGCUGACGCACACCACAUCCAGAUUCUGUCUGCUGACUCCCUCAUGUCAAAAGCCGUGCAAGCCUUUCAUGAUAAAGAAGUUAUUGAAAUCAUAACAGAGGCUUCAGAGAAUGCGCCUUCCAUUAAAAGUGAAACAACAAGUCCUCUGACAAGUUUGGGGACUGAGAUUGCUGGAGAUAAUACUUCUUUAACGUCAGGCACUCAGUCACAAGUUCUUCAUCAGCAGAGUGCAAUACUGGGCACUGAGGACAACCAACCAAUGCCGACAGUACGUGCUCAGCUUGGAGAAGAAGCAAUGAAGAGCCUCUCAAAAGGAAGGAGUGUGCCUGAUGAAGUGCUAAUUGAUAUCAUUGUGGAUGCUAUAAGGCAUGUUCCUGAAGAAUAUGGAUGGAUUUUAGAUGGUUUUCCAACAAGUAUAAAUCAAGCAAAACUCCUUCUGAAGGCACUUACAGGAACUGAUCCUGAUAAUCCCGGCCCAAAACAGAAAUACAAAAUGUCACAGUUGUUGACAGACCCAGCAGCUCACAAAGACAUACCUAUAGUUACUCCCAUGUUUGACUUGGUCAUCUUAUUUGAUAUAUCAGACAAGCUGGUGCUGAAACGUGCUGUGGACAUGACAUAUGAGCAAGAGUCAGCUGCAGUAUAUCAGCAGGGAGAUAUUGAUUUGUCAAAUAUUGCCAAAGGAAGGAUACCAUCCUUUGAAAGAGAACAAGUUCAGCAUAAGAUUACAGGUUUCCAAGACACAUGGACCAAGCUGGAAAAAUGGCUUACAUCAUGGAAACAUGUUGUGAUCAGGAUAAAUGCAGAGGAGGAUAAAGAUACCGUUUACAGAAAUGUAGAAUCUCUAUUAUAUGAAGCAAUGAAACAAAAAAAAGAUAAAGAGAAGCAACCUGUUGUUGAGGAGGCAAAUAUAGAAAAAGAUUUGAAAGAUGUCCCCACUCCAGUACCUACACCAGAAGAACCCCCUUCAACAACUCCAACAUCUGAUUCCAAAUCUUCAAAAGGAGGACUAAGCCCUCCCACUUCACCCAAGGAUAAAAAGGGGAAAAAGGCUGAAAAGUCUGAAACUCCAAAAGGAAAGGGUUCUGCCAAAAAAGGCUCAAAAGCAGAGUCUGCUGAUGAAGGCUCAGAAAAAGGGAAAUCUGGAAAAAAGUCAGAGACUCCAGUCACAGAAGAACCAUCUGAACCAGUACCUACUGAGCCACCCUCUCCCAAACCUGGUACAGAUGACUGGGAAUUUGUAGGUGAAUCACUUCCAACAGAGGUUGCUGAGUAUUUGGUCCCAUACUGGAAUAAUGUGAAUGAUUCUUACGUUGAUACCGUAAAGACUGUGAUGCGAAACCUGAGAAAUGAAGAAAAUGAAAUCAUUCAUCACCUUCAUGAUGUUAGAACACAAUAUAAAGAUUAUCUGAAGCGACCAGACCACAUGCAAGAAUUUGUAUCCCAGUGGCAAAAUGACUACAACUAUAUUUCUGAUGACAUGCGAGAUGAUGAAGAGACAAAAGCUGAGCUUCAUCAAAGGGUUGAUGAUUUGAGAGAACGCCUGUGGGAUAUUUCAGAUUUUAGAAAGAAAGAAGCAGCGGAGGAGAGAAAUAAUAUAGUAAAUGAUGGAUGGCUGGAAGAUCACAUGGGAAUUUUGGUCAACCAUUUUUCAUCACUGAUGCAGGUGGAAUUAGACCGAUUCCAGGAUACAUCACGUCUACUCAAAGAUUACUACAAGGGCAUGGAAGGAGUACUCCCUGAGGCCAAUCCCGAAUUUGCACGCAUUCCUCUAGUGGACUUAACGGUGGAGGAUACUGGAGAUUUAGACAGGUCCAAAAGUGCUGCAGGAUCAGCUCAUUCCGACAAACAGACAAAAGCUAUAGACAAGAGUGAAGCUGAUGAUGAAAAGAAAGCUAAAACAAAAAAAAUCCCGCUACUGUCCCGAAAAUCACAGCCAUCUGAUCAAAAUGGAACAAAAGGGAAAGCACAACCUGUGAGCACCAAAAAUAAAGAUGAACAAUUACUAAUGGAUAUUUGGCAGACAGCAAUGUCAUCAGUAUCAAACAUGGUCACGAGUGAAGCACAGCAAAGAGAAGCUGAAGAGGCUCAGGAACAGCUCCAGAGCGAGGAAAGAGAAAGGCAAAAAGCAUCCCAAGCCUCAGCUGCAGCUGCAAGCGCAAAAGACAAGAAAAAGGCACCAAAGUCUGCUAAGAAGAAAGGAGCUCCAAGUCCUACUCCUCGUCCUGCCUCAUUUCCAGCUGCAGAACAGAGUGCUGAAGAGCUAAAAAAGAAGAGGAAAAAAGAAAAAAUGAAAAAGGAAUAUUAUGGUGCUCUUCAGCUUGAAGAGGCUAGAGUAAAAUCACGCCUUGAAGUAAUUAAAGCAAAGUCUUUAAAUGUGAUCCGAGACUUACAAAGAAAAUCAGAAAAUACAUAUAAAGAUAUGGAUGACUGGCUUGGUGCAAGAUUCCUUUCAGAAAUGAAAAGCAUUGAUAACCUCACUGAGGUGGCACGUCAUCACAUUGAGAACGGAUCCAAGAUUCGUCAUGAACUAGCUCUGUCUGGUUCAGAAUUUUAUAUCAGGGGUGAUGUGAGAGUGGUUAAAACCCCAGAGCCUGUACCACGACCUUCUUCUGUUGAGUUCUCAGUUGAUGGUUGCCUGACAAUCAGACAGCUCAACUCACUAUUUGAACAGUUUUAUGCACUAGCACCAUCAGGUUUUGUGACAAUUAACAGCUUUAGUGAUAUUUUACAAGAUCUGACAUCUAUUAGCCUUGGGAAUGACUUUUUACCUGACCUCUGGAUGAAUCUUUCUGUGAAUCAGAUCGAGAAGUUAAUAUCGCUGUUCUCACAAGAAUCUGAGCUCAUCAACUGGAGAAAAUUCUUGCUUGCAGCUGUUCAUCCAUUGACUCAUCCUACUGAUGAACAGCUACUUGAAACUCUGUAUAAAUUUAAAACAAUCGAUACAGAACAAUUAUAUAUUAUUACAGAAAAUCAGUAUAAGCAGAUUGACUUAUGGUUUCCCAGUAAAACUAUAUUUGAAAUCCCAGACGAUCCAUUAGAGCCAUUGCCAUUUGACCGAAAUAUGAAACUGAAAAAGUUUCUGUUCACCCUUUUUGCUGAUCAUGAAGUUCCAGAUCCACCAGUCAAUUAUGAAAACAUGCUGUUGUACUUUGCAACAGAUCCUGAUCCUGUUAAAGGAUUUCACAGAGCUUUGAGCCUCGUAAUUGGAAAGCCUUUGUUAACACUAAGCAUUCUUAAGUCCACACAAAGUCUUGGUCAAACAGCAACAGAUAAACCAAAAGAAGGUGAAGGUGAAGGUGAAGGUGAAGGAGAAGGUGAAGGUGAAGGUGAAGGUGAAGGUGAAGGUGAAGGUGAAAUUUCAGCCGAAGAUACUGAUGUUAAAGUACCUAUGAAGGCUUUGUUGAAGGUCGUCUCCCAUGGCAUCUGUAAAACUAGGGAGCACACCAGAUUUUAUGUUCAAGGAAAUAUUGAUUCAGAUUAUUAUGGGCAUUUUUGCCAAAUCUACAGAGGACUGGGAUACAGAGAAGAGGAUGAAAUUCCUUUUUCCAUUUUGUCACAACAUCCUUUUAUUCAGGAGAUGAUUGAGGAAAAUGUUCAGUACAAAUACAUUAACAUGAAGAAAAUACUACAGAUUCUACAGUCUGAAAGAGAUCCUGUCUUAUCCUGAAACAGCAUUAUUUUCAUACUUGGAACAAUAUGUACUUUAUUGCAAAAACAUUUUUUAUAAGUUAAUAUUAAUGGGGAAUAUACUAUGUGACCAAAUAUAUUUAAAGUAA